AUGGCUCUUUGCACCAAUCUUCGCGCCUUGAAGCAGCCAGCACUGCCCAACCUCAGUAUCAAGCCCAAGAACAAGACUGCCGGCAGCGGCCCCAUCAUCACUACCCUCACCGCUGCUUUCGCCGGGGACGAAUGGAAUCCCAAUUCCUCGAGCGAGGACACCAAGGUCGCAUAUAGCAACGACAAGCUCCUCCCUCCCGCGGCAGCCUUCUCCGCGGCAUCCACCGCAGCAGCCGAUGACACUUUCAGCCCGACCAUCAACCAACGAUGCUGCUUUUGCGAUCAGCUGCCGGAGGGCACGAUGAUCCUUUGCGACGGCGCCCACUGUAGCUACAAGUGGUUGCAUGCGCGCUGUCUGCGAUGGAGCAAGCGUGCAAUCAAGCGCCAGCGGCAGCGCGAAAAGGAUUGGUUCUGCGAGGAGUGUGCCGAGGCAGCUAAGAUGAGGCAGGGUGGGUUGGGGAAGAUAUAUCGCCAGAAGAUGCAAGCGGAGAGAUGGGGGAAUGACGAGGGUCUUCUAGAUGUGAGAGUCGAGAAGAGGUGUAGGGAGCAGAGGGCGGGUAAUGUGUGCGGAUGGCUCUUAUGCAUGCCGAAGUAA